CUCGACCAUUACACCUUUCCACAUCCAACGUCAUAUUCAUAUCCUCUCUUUCUCUCUUGCAAAAUGGGAUUCUGUUUCUCAAAGCUAUGCAGCAAAUCCAGAGACAUCCCAAUAUCCUCCUCCUCCGACUCCGACUCCCCAUACCACCACCACUUCCCCUUCCACGACGCACCUCCACCGCCUCCGCCUCCUCCUCCUCCUCCACCCCCAUCAACAGUAGGCCGAAUUCUCGGAAAACCAUACGUGGACAUCACCGCACUCUACCACCUGGACAAGGAGCUCGGGCGAGGCCAAUUCGGCAUCACAUAUCUCUGCAGAGACAAGGCCACCGGGCUCCAAUACGCGUGCAAGUCCAUCUCCACCCGAAAGCUCGUGACCGAGAAGGACGUGCACGACGUGCGGAGGGAGAUCAUGAUCCUGGAGCACCUCACCGGGCAGCCCAACAUCGUGGAGUUCCGAGGCGCCUACGAGGACUCCAAGAAUCUGCAUUUGGUGAUGGAGCUGUGCUCGGGCGGGGAGCUCUUCGACCGGAUCACUGCCAGGGGGAGCUACACCGAGAAGGAGGCCGCGAGGAUCGGGAGACAGAUCGUGAAUGUGGUCCAUGUGUGUCAUUUCAUGGGAGUGAUGCAUAGGGAUCUCAAGCCAGAGAAUUUCUUGAUGGUUAGCCGCGACGACGCCUCCCCGUUGAAGGCUACCGAUUUCGGCCUCUCCGUGUUUAUUGAGUCAGGAAAAGUGUACAAAGAUCUAGUGGGAAGUGCUUACUAUGUGGCCCCUGAAGUAUUGAGAAGAAAUUAUGGCAAGGAAAUUGAUGUGUGGAGUGCUGGUGUCAUUCUCUACAUACUUCUCAGUGGAUUUCCUCCUUUUUGGGCUGAGACAGAAAAAGGCAUAUUUGAAGAAAUAUUGAAGGGAAACUUAGACCUCGAAAUGUCCCCAUGGCAUACCAUAUCACCUGGUGCAAAGGAUCUCAUCAGGAAAAUGCUAACCAUAAAUCCAAAAUUGAGAAUUUCUGCUGCAGAAGCACUUGAGCAUCCAUGGCUCAUGGAAGGCGGCGAGGCAUCCGACCAACCCAUCGACAGCGCGGUCCUAAUCAGGAUGAAGCAAUUCAGAGCCAUGAACAAGCUCAAGAAGGUGGCUCUCAAGGUUAUCGCGGAAAACAUGUCGGAAGAGGACAUCAAGGGAUUGAAACAAAUGUUCGACAACAUAGAUACUGAUCGAAGUGGCACCAUCACGUACGACGAGCUAAGAACCGGGUUGACCAAGCUGGGAUCCCGGCUUAGUGAAGCAGAAAUUCAACAACUCAUGGAAGCUGCUGAUGUUGACCAGAAUGGGACGAUAGACUAUGUGGAGUUUAUAACUGCAACCAUGCAUCGUCACAGACUGGAGAAAGAAGAGAAUUUGCACAAGGCUUUUCAGUAUUUUGACAAGGAUGAUAGUGGAUUUAUUACUAGAGAUGAGUUGAGACAAGCCAUGACUCAGUAUGGAAUGGGCGAUGAAGCUACCAUCGACGAGGUUCUUGAUGAUGUCGAUACCGAUAAGGAUGGGAGGAUCAACUACGCUGAAUUUGUGGAGAUGAUGAAGAAAGGAACCAUAGAUUCUCCUCAACAAUUGAAGAUGGAAUAACUAAUCGAUGUGGCUGCAACGUUGAACUCGUUUCACUUACAAGAUUCACCAUUUAAUCUGUGUAUUACCCCAAAUUUUCUUCUUUCAGUUUUCUUAUUCUGUUGAUUGUGAAGCACUGUUUGCAUGCUCUUUAUCAAGUAUAAUAACAUCAAACUAUAUAAAAUUGAUGAGAAUAAUGUUUUUAUUUUUUUUUUCA